AUGCCAGCCUCUUUUUUGGUGAAAGAAGCUCUAGCUGACAUAUUUAGUUUGAUUAAGUAUGUAGAUGUAGAAAUCUUUGGAGUCAUAUUAAAAAUUUUAAGAAAGGAAAAAGUUUAGGAUUGUUUUGGAUUUCUAUCAGAUAUAGGGAAUCAAAGACUAUUAGAAUCAUAAAUCUUAUAACAAGCAGGGAAUUUCACCAAAACUGAUACAUUAUAGAAAUUUUUUGUUUUAAGAAAAGAUAUGAAAUUAAUUACAUAUGUAUUAAAAAAAUUAAAAGAUCAUGACUUCAAUAACUAAGACAUUUCCUUAAAAGAAAAUGAAGAAUCUAAACUAAGUUUAAUUUAUAGCAUCAAGGAUAAUAAAUAGAUAUAAGAAUUACUGUAAUUUUUAGUUCACCUUACAUCCAUUGAUGAAGCUUACAUAUAAGGUGGGUCUAAUUCAUUACAUUUAUUAGUUAAGAUAAAAGUGGACCUUAGAAAUAAAAAUUUUGAAAAUAUUAAAAUCUAAAAUACUUGUUUAGUGGGAGCUAAUUUUGGUAGGUGCAAUUUUAGUGGAUCCUAAUUUAAUAUUGUUAAUACAAGUGGAAUAAAUUUAAAUGAAGCAUUAUUAAUAAAUUGUGAAUGGAAGAAUUUAAGAAUUCAUGAAUUAAAUACAUUAAAUGGUCAUAGUGAUGGUGUCGGAUCAGUCUGCUUCUCUCCUGAUGGAAAUACAUUAGUUUCUGGUAGUGGUGAUAAGUCUAUCCGUUUAUGGGAUGUCAAAACUGGAUAAUAAAAAGCCAAAUUAGAUGGUCACAUGAACUCCGGUGAGGACUUAUAGGGAACCAAGGAUUACCCGAACUCCGGUGGGGACUUAUAGAGAACCAAGGAUUACCCGAACAUCGGUGGGGACUUACAGGGAACCAAGGAUUCCCUAUAUAUGUCGGGCAGAUGGUACCACCUCCGUUUUUUAAAAUUCCUGAAUAUGGGGUCUGAGCAAAAAAUGAGGGAUUUUUUAAAUUAAGACGAAAACGCAAUUAAGUAAUUAAAAAUCCAAAAUAGUGAGAGAAAUCAGACUUUAAACUAAUUAUUCUAUUAUAUUGACUCUAAUUUAAAUAAUAUUAGUAGCAAAAUUACUUUUGAAAUUAAUUUGUUAAAUUUACAAGUUUAAACAAUUAUUCAAGUUUUUUUGUUAAAGAAAAAUAUUUAAUUUAACCAUUCAAUUACAAACUAAAAAUAUAAUUGUCAUUUUUUAUCUUACGUUGUAUCAAUCUCAUCCCCAUAAUCUAUUUAUUAAUGUACAUUUAGUCAUAAUAAAAUAUUUUGA